UGCAAACCCUCCAAUGACUCCCACUUUACUGUCUCAAUUUAAUUCAAUGGGCUUUAUGAUCUCUCUCUCUCUCACACACACACACACACUCUCUCUCUCACUGCCCAACGUUGCAGGUUGAAUCCAUUGCCACGAUUUCCUGUCACAUGAUUCGAAAUAGGAUCCCCUGCUUGCUUUCUACUAUCUCUCUUGUGUCUGUGUGUUGAGACCUGCCUGCCUUGGAGUUCACUUCACAGACUUUAAACGCGAACUAGGAACGACACCUCUACCCACACAAAACGACUGGCCGCAUCAGUCCGCAUCAGGCUGCGUUCAGAACAACAGUUCACCUGCGUCCGAAGCUCCGAACACUCUCUGCUCCGUUCGGAACACGACUGUACCCAAGACAAGUCCCCGCUCUUUCUUUCUCCAAGACACGAGCGAUGGAUUCAUUUUUGACAAAUACUGCUGCCCUUCUACUAGUUGGGUUUUUAUCUUCGACUGCUUCCAGACAGUUCGACACUGAAUGUUACACAGCCAAUGGAGGGGACUACAGGGGCUGCCAGAACCAGACGAGCAUUCUUGGGGGCAAGCCAUGCCUCUUCUGGAAUGAGACCUUCCAGCACCCCUACAACACCCUCAAGUACCCCAGCGGAGAGGGGGGUCUUGGCAGCCACAACUACUGCAGGAACCCUGAUGGUGACGUCCAGCCGUGGUGUUACAUCGCUGACCAUGAAGAAGGAAUCUACUGGAGAUACUGUGACAUCUCCACCUGUCAGAUGCCAGGUAACCUGGGUUGUUUCAAAGACAGUGGAGACCCUCCCACCCUGACAGGGAGCAGUGAGACCUCCAACAAACUCACCAUCCAGAACUGCAUCAGCUUCUGCCGCAAACAGAGAUACAAGCUAGCUGGAAUGGAGUCGGGUUACGCCUGUUUCUGUGGCAACGACCUGGACCAGCAUCACCAUGGCAAAGCACCCAGUAUGGAGUGCAACCACGUGUGUUUUGGUGACCACACCCAGCCCUGUGGAGGAGAUGGAUGGGUCAUCAUCUUCGACACUCGUGUUGGUGCGUGCGGGGGUAACUACUCUGCUCCCUCUGGAGUGGUCUACUCCCCUGACUUCCCUGAUAAGUACGAGGCAGGGAGGGUCUGCUACUGGACUGUCCAGGUACCUGGGGCUUCCAUGAUCCUGUUCAACUUCACCUUCUUCGACAUCUCGGACCAGACAGACAUGGUGGAAAUGCUGGAUGGCUAUACCACCCAGGUGUUAGCACGGUUCGACGGCCGCAACUCGCCCCGGGACUUGGUCAACGUCACUGGAGACUUUGUCAUCCUCUACUUCUACUCAGACCACACCAACCAAGCACAGGGCUUCUCUGUCACAUACCAAGCGCUGAGAGGCCUGGACACCAGACCUAUGGAUGAGGAUGAGGAGGAAGAGGAGGUCACUAGUACAGUGAAGCCUGAGCUUAACGGCGUAACGGAGAAGUCUAACGGGAGCGAUAACGGACGUUCCUCUCAAAUCCUCUAUGUGAUAACGUCCAGUCCCGGUAAACCGGACCACAACAUGCCAGGUCAGUGGGACCAACCCAACGGGACCAACGGACACACCUCUAUGUGGACCAUCUACGCUCUAGCUGCUCUCCUGACUCUGACAGUCAUAGCCAUGGUGGCUAAACUACUACUGCAUAUUACAGUGAAAUCUCCCAACAUCCCGACCAGCAGUGGUUCAGAGAGCUGCAGCGUGCAGAGUGCUGCGUCCGAGCCCUGGAUCAUCUUCUACCGGCCCUCCACCAUCUCCCUCUUCAAGAAGAAGCUAAAGAACCACCACGGAGACCUCAGCCCUCUGGUGGGCAACUAGCGAACUGCAGUCUGGUCUACUAACAUCAUCACCAUCAUGUACCAGGGCCUACCGUACCAGAGCUAGUUACAGAGCUAGCCCCUCUACCAAUGAGACUCUAUGGGGUACUGAGCUACAAAGCUAACAUAAUCACUAAUGACUGAUUCACUGACUCACUGAGUGACUACUACCAAAUGGCCCAAGAGCCAAAUCCCUAAAGGGGAUCCAGACAGGGCUGUCUGUGUCUGCUGUGUACAAGGCAGGAGAGGAGGGCAGCUAUACAGUGUGAGGUGGAUGUUUUACUGUAGGGAACUCAUCUUCUAUGGGUUCCACUUCCAUCGUUCAUGGAUGUCUGAGAGCAUUGGAGUCCUCCUCUAGAGACAAGAGUUGGCUGGGGCCAAAGCAAGUAGUUUCCAUAGGACUCCUCCAGAAUGCGGGCCUUUCAUUGUAACUGUGUGCCGGUGGGGCACAAAAUGUCUGACAAUCUCUCCAAAUUCGCUAACCUGCGAACAACUGAGGGAGCCAUGCAUAUUCCCUAUCAGUGACUGUCAUAGGUGUCUCACAGAACAAGUGGUUGGAUCACAAGGGGUCAGAGUAAGGCCUAGAUUCAAUCAGAUCAAGCGUUAAACAGCGAUAUCUGAUGUUUUGGUGGUGUCAGAGGUGUAACUGUUGGAGCAGUCAAAUCGGUUAGCAGGUGCUCUUGACCAUUGUCACAAAGCCACACCCGCAGCUCACGUUAGAAGUUCAGAACGAGAAAGUGUAGGCUAUCUAGAAAUAAUGACACUCAAAUUAAAAAUCAUUAGACGAAGAAGGCGUAAUCGAGGUAUAGAUCACAACUCACAUUCCAGUGUUCGAACUUCUAAAGAGGGCUGCAUGGGAUUUCUCUUAAUGCGACUCCGUGCAGCCAAUGGUAAUGUCCGCUUUAGAUAUAAUGCCAGGAGCCACUUGUGGAUUUGAAAGUUCUAAAGCAGUUCCACCACAGACACUGCUAUCUCUUCCACACUGCCUCUGGAGGAAACUGUAUUAAGAGUCUCUCCCAUGGCCGCUGGUGGAUGAGGGAUGUGGUUUCAUUAAACAACUGCCAUUUAAAAGAGUGUUUGAAAUGCUCAGAGGUACUCUCUCAUCCGCUCAGCUGUGGUUCUUAUCUUUCUGGUUUAACUAUGUUUAAGUGCCUUAAGGAUCUUAAACAAGCCUGCUAGGCUUCUUUCCCCCCCCCCCCCUUCUCACUGUCUUUGAGUCUAUUGCUUGUGAUCCCCACCCUAUGACAGACUCGAUGUCGAUGGGAAUUACUGUAGCGUGGGCGAGACUUCAUUUUUGUAUCUUUUUCUUUCUAUGUGCUCUUAUGCAUAGUCUUCUUGGACAUUACUGAACAUAUUGCUAUCGUUAUGUUGCCAUUUGAUUACAAGGAGGGGGUAAAUUGUGUUGUAUAUUGCGUAAUUCAAUGUGGGGGAUGAUGAUGAUGACAUAUGUCCUGCUCUUUCAUUUUGUCUCGGCAAAGCAAUGGCAAAGUCCUUCAAAGUCGUUUUUGUACUUACUCAUCAACUGCUACUUAGCUCGGAGGUUGGAGCACUUUUUUCCCCCUGUCUUCAGCAGCAGAUUCAUUCCCACAUUCAGAGGGCUCACUAGACCCAAACAACCUCUCUCAACGUACAGCUAAAGCACAAAUAAUGUGGAAUGAAUGAAUGAAAGCACUCGUGAUAGUCCACUGUGCAAGGCAAGCAGACUGUUGCAGUCCGGCGUGUUUCUGUGAGCAUUGAGGACACGUGAAAGUUCACUAUGCAUUAAUGUGCCCCUUGAAUACAGCAGGUUGGAAUUCCAUAAAGAGAGGUUGAACCAUAGAUGAAAUAUAUGUCAAUAUAUAUUACAUUAUACUGUGUAUGUAUAAUAAUGUUAGAAUUCUAUUUCUAUGGCUUUGUUUUUCCCAACAAUCUCAAACACAGUGAAAGCUGAUUAAUCUGGUCCAAACGUCAAUGCACUUAAAUUUGCCGCUACUUGUAUGGUGACAGAUAAAUAGUACUUAAAUCCUGCUUGGCUCUUAUUUACUCUCGAACCAAAACCGUUUGAAACUGAUGAUAGGAGAUUUGCAAAGUGCAAUCUUGACAUUGAGAGCACUUGCAACAAAAGGGUAAAAGAUGAUAUGCAAAAUUGUAUGGAUAGAUGACAUUUCAGGUAGUGUAACUUGGUCAAAAAAAUAAUUUAAUUUCACCUCAUUUUAACAUUCUGUCAUAAACAGCACAUGUUCAACUACAUAAAACAACACGUUUUCCAACCCCAAGGGGUUAAAAAAAAUACUAUUGUGAGUGUCAAUAAAGUGCCAUUAAAGUAACAGAGUUGUAUAUACUCUAGAUGACCGACAAGGGGGCGCUGUUUUGAAGCCACCGCACCUCCAUUUUGGCACUCCCCCACUUUUGUAAAAGAAUUAAAAUAAAUUGGAAGCUAUGGAUAUGCAUUUAUUAAUGUCUACAUUUGUUUUUGUCACAUUUAUUAUAUUACAGACACCUUAAUGCAUACUUUUACAUAAAUGUAUGUUUGCUAAACAUAAAAAUUCUAAAGGAAUAAAUAAAUGUAAAAAAAUUCCUUAAAGUAUAAUUUUUAGAAAGCACUGUUACUGUCCCCACUACAACAACACAAAUACUUAAAUAGAUACAAUUUUGUCUUUGAAACAUUUAAUUUCAAUACUGUAGAAUUCCAUUCAUUCCUAUGGAGGACUGCUUUUCUGAGGAGUGCCAAUAUGGCCGACUGGUGGCUUCAAAGCCUUUCGUUUUUCCAAUACAUAGCAUCAGCAAUCCAGAGUUUAUAUACUUCAUUGACUGUAACAGGGUUGAAGUUCUCAGCUUAAAUCAGCCAUGCUUUUGAUGACCUGUGACAGAGGGAAUGGAAGCUUGUUCUGUGCAACAGGCCAAAAAGAGUUGACCCAGCUCACCUGCCUUUACACUAUGAUUUGACUAUUACAUGUUACAAUGUUUCUUUUGAAAAAAUAAUUUAAAUAGUAAUAGUUUCACUAAAUUAAAACGAGAUUUCAGUUCACGUAACAGGGUUGACCUUAAAAUGAGUGGCAGACGUAUAUUAAUCACUAAUCACAUUAAAUAAAUAAUAAUCUUCAGAAAUAACUCUGUCAAAGCAAGAACAUAAUUAGGGCUUUACAAUGAUGGUGAAAACAUAAUGACAUUUUGUGGUUAAGUGGGUUCAAAUCUUCCUACAAGUCAGAACAACAUGACAAGGUGAAAGUGAAGAUUUUUUUUCAAGUGCAGAUUUUUUCAUUUAUUUCAACAAAAAUUGGAUUUAUUGAAUUGUCCAUGUGGUCUAUAUUAAAGGGCACUUCAUUUAAUAUAACAGGCUUUUAAAAUUCAAUAUUGGUGCGCAAUUUCUACUUAAAACAUCAAAGGGACCAGUGGUUGUGUCCCAAAUGGCACCCUAUUCCCAAACUAUAUAUAGUGCACAACUUUUGAGUCACAAUGGAAUAAGGUUUAGGAUUUAUCGUAGGUGUGACUUAAUGAAAGGGCCUCUAACUUUUCUUCUUCUCUACUCUGAUGUUUGUCUGCUGGGUGACCUAAUGUUGUAUUUUGGCUGUCUGCUCAUCUGUUACUCAUGUUAAUUAUCGCAGUACAAGUUAUGUUCAGUGCAGUUUGUGCUUAGAGAAAGGGAGACUGUGUGUGUGUGUGUGUGUGUGUGUGUGUGUGUGUGUGUGUGUGUGUGUGUGUGUGUGUGUGUGUGUGUGUGUGUGUGUGUGUGUGUGUGUGUGUGUGUGUGUGUGUGUGUGUGUGUGUGUGUGUGUGUGUGUGUGUGUGUGUGUGUGUGCGUGUGUACACAUUUUACUAUUUUUGUGAGUACCAGAAGUCCUCACAAGAAUAGUAAACCAAAACAUCAGAGAAGUCCUUACUUGUAAAAAGGCUAUUUUUGGUUUAGGGUUUAGGGUUAGAAUUAGGGUUAGGGUUAGAAUUACGGGUUUGGGUUAGGAAUUAGGUUUAGGGUUAUGGGUUAAGGUUAGGGAUUAGGGAAAAUAGGAUUUUGUAUGGGAAUCAAUUGUUGGUCUCCAAAAAGUCCUCGCAAGUAUAGUAAGACAUAGAGUGAGCUCCAAAACCUUUGGGACAGUGACACAUUGUUUGUUAUUUUGGCUCUGUACUCCAGCACUUUGGAUUUGAAAUGAUGUUAAUUGCAGACUGUCAGCUUUAAUUUGAGGGUAUUUUCAUGAAUCGUUUAGAAAUUACAGCACUUUUUUUUUUACAUAGUCCCCCUGUUUUACGGGACAAAAAAGUAUUGGGACAAAUUCACUUAUGUGUAUUAAAGUUAAGUAUUUGGUCCCAUAUUUAUAGCAUGCAAUGACUACAUCAAAACUACAAAUUUGUAGGAUGCAUUUGCUGUUUGUUUUUGUUGAUUCAGAUUCUUUUGUGCCCAAUAGAAAUUCACGGUAAAUAAUGUAUUGUGUCAUUUUGGAGUCACUUUUAUUGUAAAUAAGAAUAGAAUAUGCUUCUAAACACUUCUACAUAAAUGUGGAUGCCACCAUGAUUACAGAUAAUCCUGAAUGAAUCGUGAAUAAUAAUAAGUGAGAAAGUUACAGAUGCACAAAUAUCAUAACCCCAAGACUUAACCUUUCACCCUUACAAUAACAGGGAAGGUUAGUAUUUUGGGGGGUAUAAUAUUUGAUCACCUGAUAUGGAUGAAAAUACCCUCAAAUUAAAGCUGACACUCUGCACUUUAACUUCAUAGUCAUUGUAUCAUUUCAAAUCCAAAGGGCUGGAGUAGAGAGCAAAAAGAACAACAAAUGUGUCCCAAUACUUUUGGAGCUCUCUCUCUCUCUCUGUGUGGGUGUGUGUGUGUGUGUGUGUGUGUGUGUGUGUGUGUGUGUGUGUGUGUGUGUGUGUGUGUGUGUGUGUGUGUGUGUGUGUGUGUGUGUGUGUGUGUGUGUGUGUGUGUGUGUGUGUGUGUGUGUGUGUGUGUGUGUAUGUCGUAAUAAUACCAACUCCAUUUUCUCCCAUGGUACCUCCAUAUAUUUAUAGUAAUAAUAUAAUCUGCCAUUCAUUCAAAAUGUUACUCCGUACUCUUGUCAUGAUAACAAGAUGAGCAGCUCUGUGUGAUAUGGAGACCAAUGGGUUUUGGGGGAAAUACAAAAUAUUGUUUUCAUAAAAAAUUGUAAAUAAAUUAGUGAAAUUGUAAUUUAUACAGUAAAUUAUUAUUAUUUUGUAUGUGAAUGGGAUAUAAUCUAUGUUUUGUAUAAGUUAAGUAUCUUUGUAGUUUUAUUUAAAUGAAUGUGUCCUGGUUGCUAAAUAAAUUCUGUAUGCAUGUUUCUUA